UCUGUCUAUCCCCUGCCCAGCUUCCUUCCAGCCCCAAGCACACACAGACACUGCCACCAUCGACGAACUGCAGACAGAUACAAAGUUGCAGGCACGAAGAUGAGCCUUGGGUCGAAAGGUCUCGCCAUCCUGCUUAUCUUUGUCUCGCUUGCUCUGAGCUCCGGCGUUAGCAUCUGCGACGCGAGAAGCGGCAGCCGCUGGAGGCAGAAGAACGGACCCUCCACCACCAUGUUCAGAAGCAAAGGAAAAGGGAAGAACGGUGGUUCUUCCCACAGACGAUACCAGCCGAGUCCAAGCACAGGUCCGAGUGUGCCCGUCAGCCCGAGUCCAGUAGUGCCAACACCAAGUCCAGGUGGUGGAAACUGUUAUACAUCGCCAAGUCCCCCACCUCCUCUGCCGCCAUCGCCGCCACCACAAGCAUCGCCUCUGCCACCGUCACCGCCACCUCCACAAGCACUGCCUGUGCCGCCACCGGAAGCGCCAUCGCAGGACACAGCCUUCAAUGUGGUUGCUUUUGGAGCAAAGGGUGAUGGAGUGACAGAUGACACUCAGGCUUUCGAAGCAGCAUGGGCAGCAGCAUGCAAGGUGGAGGCAUCUACCAUUCUUGUACCAUCUGAACUCGAGUUUGUUGUUGGCCCGAUUUCAUUUUCUGGGCCUAACUGUAAACCUAACAUUCUAUUCCAGCUGGAUGGAACUAUUUUAGCUAAAACUGGUGCACGAGCAUGGGGCUCUGGUUUGCUUCAGUGGCUCGAGUUCACAAAACUAAAUGGAAUAACAAUUCAAGGCAGUGGUGUCAUAAAUGGCCGGGGUCAAGAAUGGUGGGCCAAUUCAGAUCCAAAUGAUGACGAUGAUAUGGAUGCAUACAAUCAAGAGCUGGAGAAGAUGCCACAGACUAAACCAACGGCGCUGAGGUUUUAUGGUAGCUCCAAUGUCAGAGUAACUGGUAUCAGCAUCGUGAACAGCUCCCAGUGUCAUCUGAAGUUUGAUAGCUGUCAAGGAGUGAUGGUUCAUAACUUAACCAUCUCUUCCCCUGAGGAUAGCCCCAAUACCGAUGGAAUUCACCUGCAGAACUCCAAAGAUGUCAACAUUCACCACACAAACCUGGCUUGUGGUGAUGACUGUAUUUCCAUCCAGACAGGCUGCAGUGGCAUAAACAUACACAACGUCAACUGCGGACCAGGACAUGGCAUCAGCAUCGGUGGCCUAGGAAAGUACAACACCAAAGCAUGUGUCUCCAACAUCACCGUAAGAGACGUCAACAUGUUCAGAACAAUGACCGGCGUCAGAAUCAAGACUUGGCAGGGCGGCUCAGGGCUGGUUCAGAACAUAAGAUUCUCGAACAUACAAAUGUCGGAGGUUCAGACACCAAUCAUGAUAGACCAGUUCUACUGCGACAAGACGGCGUGCCCGAACCAGACCUCGGCGGUGGCGGUCUCGGGUGUGCAGUACGAGAACAUCCAGGGCACUUUCACGAUCAAGCCCGCCCACUUCGCGUGCAGCGACAGCUCGCCGUGCUCGGAGAUCACCCUGACCGGGAUACAGCUGAAGCCCCUGGUGGUGCCGCAGUACCACACGUGCGGCCCCUUCUGCUGGCAGGCCUUUGGGGAGCUCUCCACGCCCACCGUGCCUCCCAUCCCUUGCUUGCAGCUCGGCAAGCCGGGCGGGAACCAUGAUGUGUGCUGAAUUUCUCGGAGCG